UAUUUCAGUCUGGAUGAGAGGACGGUUUCUGGGUCUGUAGGUUAUAGCCGUGUCUGGAGCUGGCGCCCGUAAACGCCGUUGCAGCAGCGGUCAUGUCACUUCAGUCGUUUUAAGAGUAUUUUAAAAGCUUGCUUGUGACUGGGACGUCUUUAUACUGGAUUGAUGUUUCUCGGUACCAGAUGAGGAGCAAUGCUGGGCAUGGACCAAGGUGUGCUGGAGGAAUGGCUGUCCGAGUUUAAGGCGCUCCCCGAGACGGCCGUCUCCAGUUAUGCUGCAUCUCUGAAAGUAAAGGCCUCACUAGUCCCUGCAAUCUACAGGGUCAUCCGCGAGAACUACAGUGACCUCCUGGAGCCGGUCUGUCACCAGCUCUUUGAGUUCUACCGCAGCGGGGAGUCUUGUCUCCAGUGGUUCACCCUGCAGUUCCUGCCCGAGCUGGUGUGGAGUUACCUGUCCGUCAGUGCUGGGCGCGACCCCCACUGCAGUGGCUGCGUGGAGGCCCUGCUGCUGGGCAUCUACAACCUGGAAAUAGUUGAUAAAGAUGGUCAAAGCAAAAUAUUGUCCUUCGCCAUCCCAUCCUUAUCCAAACCAUCAGUUUACCACGAGCCCUCCACCAUUGGCUCCAUGGCCUUAACGGAAGGAGCUCUAGCCAAUCACGGGCUAAGUCGUGUUGUUUACAGUGGACCCCACCUCCAGAGAGAGACGUUUACGGCACAGAACAGAUUUGAAGUCUUAACAUUCCUGCUGCUCUGCUAUAAUGCUUCUCUGAGCUACAUGACCAACUCUUCCCUUCAGUCUCUCUGUCAACUGAGCUCCAGAGUGUGUAUCUGUGGCUACCCGAGACAGCAGGUGCGACGGUAUAAAGGCAUCAACAGCAGAAUGAUGGUGACCUCGGAGUUCUUGGUGCAGCUGAUCACAGGCAUCCACUUUGCUCUUUGUAACGGUGAGUCUGAACUGGGCGCCAGAGCUCUGGAUGACGUGCUGUACCGAGCCCAGCUGGAGCUCUACCCAGAAGCCCUGCUGGUUGGAAAUGCCAUCAAAUCCACGCUCCACGGCGCCGCCCUCAAGGCCAACAAGGAAGGCACACGUUCCAUCCAGGUCGAGAUCACGCCCACUUCUUCCCGGAUUUCCCGGAAUGCCGUCACUAGCCUUUCCAUCCGCGGCCACCGCUGGAAGCGGCACGAUGCCGUGGAUCUGGGUUCCCCGGAAGAGCUGAUGGAGAUCUCGGAGGUGGAUGAGGGCAUCUGCACGCAGGUUGGUGCUCCUGGCAGCAGCCCGCCUGCCAUCGUGGUCAGCGUCGCCGGCGACGUCACGGCGAGCGGCGGCGGGAAGCCAUCGGGGAAGGGCCUGUGGCGCCUGGCGGGCAGCCGCUCCAGCAAAGACAAGGAGGGCAGCGGGGGCACGGCGGGCGAGCCGCUCUCGCGCAAGCAGCCCGGCGGUCGCGCCAUGAGCGAGAACCUGGAGCUGCUGUCGCUCAAGCGCCUGACGCUCACCUCCAGCCAAUCGCUGCCCAAGAGCGGUGCGCUGAGCCUGUCGCGCACCGCCGGCGCCGUCUUCUCCCGCUCCUUUGAGCAGGUCAGCAACGCUCUGGUGGCCGCGGCAGCGGGAGGCGGCGUCCAGGCCGCGCCCGGCCACGCCCCCCGGGAGAACCGGGCCUCGGCCUGCAGCCUGCAGGAUGAGGGUCUGGCCUACGCGGAGCACCUGAGCGCCAGCGGGCAACAUCAUCAGUGUUCACCCAGCAUCAGUCUGCUCGCCCCGGACGCAUGACCCCUCCCCCCCCCCACCCCAGCCUGCUGUCCGAUCCCUCCCCACCGCCAAGCCCUGCCAGAAUCGUUCCACGAGCAGUGAACAGACUCCAUGAUUACGCAUAUACUUAACCCCCCCCCCACCAUAAUGUGACCAGUGUCACGACAUCAAGCACUCGCAGUCCGUUUCUGUUUGAAAGCACUCUCUAUGGCUGUGGAUGAGAUUAUAGGCAUUGAAGAGCUCACACCUUCCCCCAGUGGUGCUGAACCCAAACUCUUGCACCUUACAGAAAGCCUGGUUUUUAUUUUUGUGGACUUUGUCAAUGGUGUGUAAUCACUAAAAUGUUCUGUAAAAUAAAUUGUAUUUUUUGAAUUAACUGUUUAAACAAAAAAAAUCACUUUUCUCUAUUUGUACGUUUGUCCAUGAACUUUUAAUGUGGUCAGCUCUGUACUGAGGACUGUACAUAAAGCCUGACUGAGCUGUUAAAGCUAUUUUUUGAUGCUACAUUGAUGUGUGUUGAGUGUGUAUUCAUGGCCUUGUGGGACUGUACUUGAUGAUAGCUUUCCAAAUGUGUGAUAACAGGUGGUCCAUUUUGAGGGGUGGGGGGGGUUGUGUGUGUGUGUGUGUGUGUGUGUGUGUGUGUGUGUGUGUGUGUGUGUGUGUGUGUGUGUGUGUGUGUGUGUGUGUGUGUAAGAGAGAGACUGUGAGACUGUGUGGCAGACGUGCUGAAGUAGAAGAAGCAAAAAUAUUUUCAUUUUCUGUAUUGAGCUUUAAGGAAAGCCAGCAGUAUUAACUCCCCAGUCCUGGGCAACAUGUACAGUUUGUGUCCCUGAACACUAAAGCUUUGAUUUAAAAUCUGGUAAAAUUAGAGAUCAAAAUAUGAAACUUUGUUUACAUCAACUUGUUCUUAUUGUGUUUCUGAAGCAAUAUCCUGGUUUUGACGGCAGUGUCCAAUUUUUGUAUUGACAAACAAAUUAACUUAUGCUUGCGAGAUGUUUUUGUACUCUGUAAAGACGGUGGUGUUGCACCAUGACAGCAGAAUGCAGUAUUAAUAAACUUUUUUGUUUUGUUUAUUUGGACAUAUAACCAGUGUGAUGUUAGAAAGGUUGGUGUGACAGCCAAACAGUGUCCACCUCUCGUUAAAAGCAACGUGCUCCUCUCUUGUGGUUCCAAAUGAUCUCUCCUGUUUGGAAGAGUUAUGGACUCCUGUUCCUCAUUUCUUCUUCUUUUAAUUAUCAGUUGACAACACUGUGGUAUUGUAAAGAACAUUUGUCUAUUUCAGGAACAUAAAUGUCUUUUUUUUUUUUUUUCCUUUCCUCUUGAAAAUGUUUUGGAAUAAAUAUAUAAAUAUCUUGU